AACUUAUGACACAUCCAUGUUUACACUUUUCUUUAAUUAUCUAUCAACAUUAUAGAAAUUAUUACCAAAAUUUCUAGCGUUUGAAAUUACUUUCCGUUUUAUUUAUUUCAAUAGAUUUUUUAUGGCUUUCUUGUGAACAAUAUUGGAAUAAUUUUCAACUCUUAUUUUCGGUUGUUUAUUUUCUCAUUAAUUUUUCUUGUUUACUAUUUUUUUAUAAUAAAUUACCUCAAUGGCCCCUAUAAGUGACUUGAGAAUAGCGGUAAUAUGUUCCAGUAACAUGAAUCGUAGUAUGGAAGCCCAUGCUUUUUUAGCCAAAAAAGGAUUUGACAUUAAAUCUUAUGGAACAGGAGACAAGGUGAAAAUACCAGGAUCCGCAGCUGAUAGGCCUAAUGUUUACGAAUUUGGAAUAUCAUAUGAAGAAAUUUAUCAAGACUUAUUACUCAAAGAUAAAUCUUUAUAUACUCAAAAUGGUCUCUUACAUACAUUAGACAGAAAUAGAAGAAUAAAAUCACAUCCUGAGAAGUUUCAAGAAACCAAAGAAAAAUUUGAUAUUUUAAUAACUUGUGAAGAAAGAGUGUAUGAUCAAGUAUUAGAAUAUAUGGAGAGUCAGACACCAACUGAUAAUUCGAUAGUUCAUGUAAUAAAUAUUGAUAUACAAGAUAAUUUGGAAGAAGCUACAAUUGGAGCAUUUUUAAUAAGUGAUAUGUGUAUGAUGCUGGCCAAAGCAGAUGACCUUGACAAUGAUAUAGAAGAAGUUUUACAAAAUUUUGAGGAAAAAUGUGAAAGACCAAUUUUACAUAGUAUAGUAUUCAACUGACAGAAUGAUUUCCUAAUAUUAUGGAAAAAAGUGAGAAUAUAUCUUCUUCCAAAAUUCAUUCUUGAUAUAAUAAUAUCUGAUAUCUUUUUCAAAAUAUUUUUUUGUAAAAAGUUUAAAAUAAGCGCAUAUUUUUUCAGAAUGUUUUAGAAGUGCUGUGAGUUUUAAUGUGAAUUGCAUAUGAAAUGAACAGGUUCCAUUAUGAAUAUAAGUUGAUGAUGAUACAAUGUAAAUAAUAAUGCUCGCUUGAUUACAAGGAAAUGAUGAGAUAAAUUUGAAAACACAGUUAAUUCUUAUAUUUUUAUUUAAGAACCUGUUCAAAAUUUAUUUUUUUGUUAAACUUGCUAUAUAAUAGUUCUUAUAUUAGUUCUGAUAUUCUCUAUAGUCCAAGAGUUAUAUUAAUAAAUUUUAAUAUUAA